GCAGUAUAAAGAGACAGAGCUGGACAUCUAUCAUGAGUGUUUAAAUUAUUUUUCUUACAAUGUAGUAAUUCUGUUAUAGUGGAGACCCAUCGGCGAAGUAGCUUGCUUUGACAUGCGGUCCACAUAGGUAGAGAAUUUAUGUACAGCAUAUCAAUUCCCCAUAGUCGGAUUUUCAUACUGCGUGAAUGGAAACCAGUACUUUGAUUGGUUUUACGAAACAAUCUACUGCAUUAUGUAAUGAGAAAUGGUCAGCAACGAGGUAAAGUUACAUGUAGUAUGAUGGGCUAAAAACUGGUUUGGAACAGUUUAUCAAAUUAUUGUGAGAAAUAAUUCCUUAGUUUAUAGUUGCAAUAAUUUCACCUAUUCGGAAUACAGACCUGAUAUUGGAAUUUGUAUGUAAGAAUGACGGAGUGAAUUAGCAUCUUUGUUUUCAGUCUGCGCAGUAGGAGCACAUAAACACCCGUUCUAUGUGAGCACGCGUUGAAGCCGAGUUGCGGUGCGUCAGGCUGCACACUGCCCGAUCCUCUGUCCUGCUCACCGUCCGUAUCGGCUCCUCAUCUACAGUCUGCUGACCAUGUCAUCAUACAAGAUGGACCACGCAUCGCUGUGAGCCAGACCCCUUGCUCGUCUAAGCAGAGUUAAGUAGGCUGUCGGCCUGGACGCGGAAGGGCUCACAAUGAUGUCCUCUUACUACCACCCUGCCAAGGACGCAGACAUGGCGGCCCUGACGGAGCCGCUGUGCCUGGAGAGAGAUGUGUGCAGGGUGAUUGAGCUGCUGGACCGGCUGCAGCGGAGCGGUGAGCUGCCUCCUCCCAAACUGCAGGCCCUGCAGAGAGUCCUACAGAGCAAAUUCUGUGCUGCCAUCAGAGAGGUUUAUGAGCAGCUGUAUGACACUCUAGACAUUGUUGGAGGACCGGAGGUGCGAGCACAGGCAACUGCCAAGGCCACAGUGGCAGCCUUUGCAGCCAGCGAGGGCCACGCCCACCCAAGGGUGGUGGAGCUGCCCAAGACAGAAGAGGGUCUGGGCUUCAACAUCAUGGGGGGCAAAGAGCAGAACUCCCCCAUCUACAUCUCCAGAGUGAUCCCUGGGGGUGUGGCCGACCGCCAAGGAGGGCUGAAGAGAGGAGACCAGCUGCUGUCAGUCAACGGAGUGAGCGUUGAGGGGGAGCACCAUGAGAAGGCCGUGGAGCUGCUGAAGGCCGCCCAGGGUUCGGUCAAGUUGGUGGUCCGCUAUACCCCGAAGGUCCUGGAGGAAAUGGAGGCUCGCUUUGAGAAGAUGAGGAGCGCCCGAAGACGACAGCAGCACACCAGCUACUCAUCUCUGGAGUCCAGGGGCUAGUUAAUCCAAUGCCUCCAUCAACCUCCUCGUCUAACCCUCCUGACUGUUCUGUUCUAGCAGGAGGCUAGACCGUAGAUGAGAAGCAAAAAACCAAAGUAGCCUACCAACACCUAUUACCUGAACUUCUUCAUGAAGCCAACGCUGCAGUUUAGGAUGUUUUCCCCUCCCUCUUUCCCUCUUUCUUAGAGAAAUACAGAGUAAGCUUGUUGUCAGACCAUGCCUGUAAUUUCAUCUCUCCAGUGUGAAAUCAUCCUCAGCAUGCUAUUACAUAAGGGAAACACAUUCUCUGUAGUGUACUUAACUAGAAUCUAGGGUUUAUAUUCUCAAGUCGAUUUGAUUUUGUAUUGUCAUGUAGUGCACUGCACUCCUCAGCAGUGUCCACUGUCUGCAGUUAGACCUCAGUAGCAGAGGAAGCAUGUGGAAACAUCUUCCCCACCAUUUCUCCAUCAGAUGUCCCAGCUAGAGAACUAACCAUUAGCAGUAUGAAGAACUACACUGGAUUCAGUAGCUGGCAAGUGUCAUCUCAGUCAAAGUUUUGAGAAUAAAAAACAACAACAUUCAUUUGUGUAUUCAUUGAUUUGCAUAAUUAUUCAUGAAAUAAAGUCUGUGUUAAUUAAUUUUGGUCAUCUUUCCUGCUACAUAUGGGUUAUGUUUCAAGAAGUCAAAUUCCUUGUUUUUGCAAACAUACUUGGCAAUAAACCGUUUCUGAUUCCGA